AUGAAACCUCUAGAAAUUAUGAAUUUAUUCACACAGAUAGCUUUGUUUUUAAUGCAGUUUGUAAUAUCGAGAUCGAUUAGGGUUCAAAACGCUACGUUUAAUUUAGUAUUAAGAAAUUCUUCAUUGUCCGUAGAAUCCCGGAUGGACCAGAGAAUUAUAAAGUCCCCUAUGGCUUGUGCACAGCUCUGUCUCACUAAUCCCCAGUGUGAGGCUUUUUCCUUGGAUCCAUCAUUAAUAUCAUCAACAAGCUGCGAAACUUUCAGUUUCAGUAUCAACAGUACCUUGGAAGAAGUUCCCGGAUGGAAUUUGUACACCAUAUAUGAGCCAAAAAUGCAAUCCUUUACUUAUGAAGUCUUUGAUCAAACGUUGGUGACACAACUUGCCGAUGGAAACUGGAAGUUAAGCUGUGGACAGAAUAUACUUGUUGGUCUUUGGGAUGACACUGCUGCCAAAGUGGAUUUUGAUUUAUUGAAAUGUGUGAACACAAAGGAUAUGGCCCUACAACAGGGGGGAAAACAAUUUGAGGUUGAAGUUUCUGAAACAAACCAAUGUCCUCGCAACUCUGUCAUUAGUGCGUUUAUUUCUACAUCAAACAACAUGGCCAAUGUGGUUAAACUGGAAUGUUCUCUUGUUGGUCCUGGAUGGUUAGUCAACUCUUUUGACUGUUUUACAAUCAUGAGAACAAAAAACGAAGCAAAAGGCCCCCAAACCGCUUAUGACAAGUGGAAAUUCGAGUGUCUUCAAAGAGAUGAUAAGGAUACUUCUACUGGCCGAAGAGAGGACACAACCAGGACUGGCCCACAAGUUUCAUUUCUUGGACUGGAAUGAAAUAGCACAAAAACAAAACAAACGACCUUACCUGCUAUAUGUCUAGCCCAAUGGAAGAGAUUGGGUAGCACACUUGUGGCAGACAAAAGACUAAAACGAAAUUGUAUUUAAACACCCCCUUUCUCAAGUUUGAUGAUGUUUAAAGUAUCUAAAAUCAAACAUCUUCGCUAAUUUGAUUUCAAAGGUAUGUUGGAUACUGAUGUCGUGCUGGACUGUUUAGAUCGUUCUGUCGUUGUUUAGUCUAUAAAUGUUCGUGUAGUUGUUUAUCAUUGUUUUAAAUGACUUUUGUGUUAUUUUAGAGUUAACAGCUUACUUUUAUCGAUGUUGUGCUGGAAGGUUCAAGUCAUUCUGUCGUCGUUUAGUCUAUAAAUCUUCGUGUAGUUGUUUAUCAUUGUUUUAAACGACUUUUGUGUUAUUUUAGAGUUAACAUCUUUCUUUUAUCGAUGUUGUGCUGGAAGGUUCAAGUCAUUCUGUCGUCGUUUAGUCUAUAAAUGUUCGUGUAGUUGUUUAUCAUUGUUUUAUAGAACUUUUGUGUUAUUUUAUAGUUAUCGUUGUACAAUAUUCUAAAUAUAACAGCGUGUAAAUGAACAGCCCAGAAGGCAAAAUCAACUCUCCGAUCAUUUCAUUGUCUCUAUUUGGUAUAGGUUUUCAACAUAGAACAACCAACGGGGCAAAUGUAAAUGAACAGCUCAGAAGGCAAAAUCAACUCUCCGAUCAUUUCAUUGUCUCUAUUUGGUAUAGGUUUUCAACAUAGAACAACCAACGGGGCAAAUCAUUGUUUCUUUGAAACAGUUAUCUUUACCGUAAUUUGUUCUCAGCAGCUAAAAUUAUUAUAAUUCAUUUCUCUCCAUUAGACUUUAUUCUGUUUCUUAGAGUUUAUUUUAAUAUAUUUAUUACUGUUGUUGUUGGUGUUUAAAAUGUACAUUAAGGAAUAUACACAAUUUUGAUCCCCUCAAAAAAGUAUUUUAGAUAGGGAAUGGAAAGAAGCAGGAGAACUGAAUAUUUUCUGAUACUUUCACACCUGAAAAUGUAGCAGAAAACACUGAAAAUAACAGUAGUUGUAAGCUUUCACGGCGUUGGGGGGUUAUGUAGAGACAACGAUGACGAGAACUGGAAAGUUGUAGCUCACAAAAGGAAUCGAACCAGUUGUUCAUCUACAGCUAUAAUGGAACGUAAAUUAAUAUAUAUAUAUAUUUAAUCAUAUGAGCAAGCGGUUCUUAUAGCUUUAAU